CAGUGCGUGAGGCUGCAGAACCUGGAAAGAUGGUGUUGCCAUGGCUGAUCCCUUCUCUCCAUCCCCCAGCAUUUACUGCCUUCCUGCUGGUUGCCUGCCUCCUGGAUUUCCAGAGGGCCCUGGCGCUGUUCGUCCUUGCCUGUGUGGUCUUUGUCACACUGGCCUACAGGCUGCUGAAGAAGUUUCUGGGGCCCAAACUGAAGAGGUGUGUGAAACUCCAGGGCCAUCCCCGCCUCAACCUGUGGUUUAAGAGAGGUCUGGCGCUUGCUGCUGUCUUGGCCCUAGCCUUGUGGCUGGGUCUGGACACCUCCCAGCGGCCAGAGCAGUUGGUGUCCUUUGCAGGAACCUGUGUGUUUAUCACCCUCCUCUUUGCCUGCUCUAAACAUCACCAUGCUGUGUCUUGGCGGGCCGUGUCCUGGGGCCUCGGGCUACAGUUUGCACUUGGAAUCUUUGUCAUCAGAACAGAGCCAGGAUUUGUAGCAUUCCAAUGGCUGGGUGAUCAGAUCCAGAUCUUCCUGAGCUACACUGAGGCCGGUUCCAGCUUCGUGUUUGGGGAGGCUCUGAUCAAGGAUGUCUUUGCCUUUCAGGUUCUGCCCAUCAUUGUGUUCUUCAGCUGUGUCAUGUCCAUUCUCUACUAUGUGGGCCUCAUGCAGUGGGUAAUCUCAAAGAUUGCCUGGCUGAUGCAGGUUACCAUGGGCACCACGGCCACUGAGACCCUGAGUGUGGCAGGAAACAUCUUUGUGAGCCAGACUGAGGCUCCUCUACUGAUCCGGCCCUACUUGGCAGACAUGACACUCUCUGAAGUCCACGUGGUCAUGACGGGAGGCUAUGCCACCAUCGCCGGAAGCCUGCUGGGUGCCUACAUCUCCUUUGGGAUCGAUGCUGCCUCAUUAGUUGCUGCCUCUGUGAUGGCUGCCCCUUGUGCCUUGGCCCUCUCCAAGCUGGUGUACCCAGAGGUGGAGGAGUCCAAGUUCAGGAGUGAGGAAGGAGUGAAACUGACCUAUGGAGAGGCCCAAAACCUCGUGGAAGCAGCCAGCAGUGGGGCUGCCAUCUCGGUGAAGGUGGUUGCCAACAUUGCUGCCAACCUGAUUGCAUUUCUGGCUGUGCUGGCCUUUGUCAAUGCUGCCCUCUCCUGGCUGGGAGAUAUGGUGGAGAUUCAAGGUCUCAGCUUCCAGCUCAUCUGCUCCUACAUCCUGAGGCCUGUGGCCUUCUUAAUGGGUGUUGCCUGGGAGGACUGCCCAGUGGUGGCUGAGCUGCUGGGGAUCAAGCUAUUUCUGAAUGAGUUCGUGGCCUAUCAGGAACUGUCCCAGUACAGGCAGCGCCGCCUGGCAGGGGUGGAGGAGUGGGUUGGUGCCAAGAAGCAGUGGAUCUCUGUCAGAGCAGAAAUUCUCACGACAUUCGCCCUCUGUGGAUUUGCCAACUUCAGCUCCAUUGGGAUCAUGCUGGGAGGCCUGACCUCCCUGGUCCCCCAGCGGAGGAGUGACUUCUCUCAGCUUGUGCUCCGGGCGCUCUUCACGGGGGCCUGUGUGUCCCUGGUGAACGCCUGUGUGGCAGGAAUCCUCUAUGUGCCCAGGGGGGCUGAGGUUGACUGUGUGUCCCUCCUGAAUAGUACCCUCAGCAGCAGCAGUUUUGAGGUGUACCAGUGCUGCCGCCAGGUCUUCCAAAGCACCAGUCCAGAGUUGGACCCAGUGGCGCUGGACAACUGCUGUCGAUUUUACAACCACACGAUCUGUGCAUAGCGGGGACAAAACAUCUUUGAGCCUCCUGGGGGCCAUUCAUCCCCGGGAAGUAUCUGUCCUCACACAUCCCACUCUAGGAAACCACAGGGCUAGACCUGCCUCAGUCCCACCAUUGGGAGGGUGAAAGAGCGAGUGGGACAUGAGUGGGACGUAAGUAAAUGGAGGCACCUCCCACUCUCAUCUCCUUUCUGCUCCUCUAUGCCCUAGCUCCCCAGACACGAGUUCUCAGGGUCACCUUUGCCUCCUCCUCUCUCCCCUCCACAUCUGACAGUGCUCUGGCCCUCUCUGUUCCCCUCUCCUUGAGGUCUUUCGUAUGCACCUUCUCUUGUGUUGUCACCACUGUGUCACACGCAAAGCCUCCUUCUCUCCCCUCCUCCUUGACUGAGGGCUGGACUCUGUAUCUUCUUCUCUAGAAGUUAUCUUCUGGAGACCCUUCCUCUGCUUUCAGAGACUCCCCCACUCCCUUUCCCAUGACAUUUCCCAGAGUGGUGUCCUGUGGAACAUUGUCCCAUAGGGCAAUCAGAGGGUUGCAUGAUCCACUAGGUUUGGAAAACACUGGACUGAAUAA